GCUCACAAGACGUAGGUCAUGAGUACGUUACGCUGUUCUGUUGAAAUACUAACCUUGUUUUAGCUAAUGUUACUAUUUUUAAACGUCUGAAAGCUUCACAAAUACAUAUUUGCGUCUUUUCUGACUGUAUCAUGGACUAUUUGUCACGAAAGGACUCCCAUGCAAUAUCUUGAGCAAUUCUUUGAGUUGAACGGUGGACAGUCAAUACUUUAAACUCAAGACAGCUAUACUUCUAGCCAGCAUUCAUCUGUCAUAAUCUCGGGUGAAGUCGUUACCAAGUUGUCUUUAAAGAAAGAAAAAAUUGCUAACAUAGCAUAAUAGCUGUGUUUCUCCUUCUAAUAACAACAUGGCGAAUGCUACACAUGUAUCUAGAGUUUGCUCUUUGUACAAGAGGAUUUUGUUGUUGCACCGUUUCCUGCCUAUAGACUUGAGAGCGCUUGGAGACCAGUAUGUGAAAGAUGAAUUCCGAAGGAACAAAUCAGCAGCGCCCGAGGAGGUCACUGUUUUCAUGAGGGAAUGGCAGAAUUACCGUGACACCUUACAGACCCAGGUUCUGGCAUCUGCAGGAGACCGUGUGAAGAGGUUGGAGUUUGGAGCAGAACUGUCUGAGGCAGAUCUCAAGCUGUUUCAAGAAGAACAAGUGGGACAGCUGUAUGAGCUGAUGCUGGAGUCCACCAAGCCCAAAAGACAAUUCAACAUCCAGGACGAUGGAUUCAAGAAAUGACCGUGUUGAUGGGAUACUUUCAUACUGAACGAAGAGGGAUGUGGUGCAUUUCAGUAGUUCUAACUGCUUUCUUUCCUUGUCUCCAAUCAUUCAUCUAGACUGCCAUUGAGUCUAUUUUUUACAGGACAGGUUAGUCUCAUUUAUUCAUUGUUUCAUUUCGGACAGUGGACACAACACAUAUGCCCAGUUCAUCAGUACAGAUACAAAAGACAAAGGAAGGAAUCACUUGGGACCAUUGAUAUGGAACCAGGGGAAGUUACUCACCACAAAGGCACUCUGACUAGGAUACCCUUAGAAAAGAAACUGUACCCUACCUCAAGGCCAGACUGAAGUUAUGGAUUGUCCAGAAUUAUUGUAGUUACAGUAUAUUAAAGUACGAUUUGUGUGGGAAAAUGC